GGGCGCCGCCUGAGGGCGGGGGGUACGAAAGGGAACCUGCCGCCGGUGCUGCCGGCGGUUGUUUCCUCAGGUUUAUUGUGAAACAGUUGCAGUGUCAAUGAGAAGCUAGCAGUAAACCACAUACCACAAGCGUUCAGUGUUAUCUGAGGAAGAUGCAGUGUCCUAGCGCAUACCUCUGACGGAGCUGAUCCUGGGUGUGGAAUAGUCUCUGCAUGGCCCAGUUUGGAGCAGACUGAUAAGGCUCCUUGUUUCUUAGCAACCACAGUCUGCCAUAGCCAGAAACCUGCCCCUCUGCAGCUGGAGGGAAAAUUCUGAAUGUCUUAAAUUUGUAUCUUGAACCAAGACCUGUGUCUUUCCUGGGCAUGGAGGUGCCAUAUGUCCUUCUCUUAACUAGACUCGUAGCAGAAGUUACCAGCAAAUCUACUGAAAGUUUGGUUUCGGAAACAGAAUGCUGUGUGGAUAUGUUGGAUUCAAACAGUUCCUGUCCAGUAACGAACCAGUGCAGUCCAGGUUGUUACAGACGAUGGAAUGAGGAUGGUAGUAGCAGCUGCAUUAAAUGCAAAAAUGAAACCCUUCCUGUUUUAUCUAUUUACAAUCUGACUGAAUGCAGAAAUACUGGUAUCAGAGGAAUGAAUUUCCAAAUGAAUAUAAGCACCGUAACUCCUUUCAUACAGAACAUGGGGGGCCCAGAAGUGGCAGCCUCUCUCAUCUUAGGGACAUUUUUCAUCAGUUUAUUCCUGAUUCUGUCUGUUGCUUCUUUCUUCUACCUCAAACGUGCCAAUAAACUUCCCAAUGUUUUCUACAGAAGAAACAAAGCAUCUGUUCUCCAGCCUAGUGAAACAGCAUCCAUGAUACCUCCCCCAGCCUCUUCAGUUCGGAAGCCACGAUAUGUCAGACGAGAACGGUCACUAGUGACGUCUGCAUCUGCUGCUAUGAUCUCUUCUUCUGAAACCAGGGUCAGCAAUGUUUAGCCUUCAUUCUUGACUGAGGACUUUAUAAGUGUACACAGUGUCGAAGAAACUUUUUCUGAAUCCACUGAAGUGCCAGGAAAACAUCGCAAGCAGCUGACCUAAAUGGAAGCCAAAUUACUGUCUCAAAGGGUUUGUGCCAAAUGUUAACAGAGAAAUGAACGAAUGCAAAGAUACUGAUGGCAGGCUACAUCCAGUUCGGUGAACUGCUUUGGUGAUCUUGAAAUGCACUAUUCCAGCUCUGUGGUUUCAUUUGUCUCCUACAGAUGCUGUGUUUAAAAUCUUUAAAUAAUCUGCCUUUCUUUGGUACACUUUCAGUUUUGGCAAGUUCUUCUUCCUGUGUUGUGAUGUGUUCUGUGUCCCCAGAGCUGAAUGUCUCAGUGCUGCAGGCCAACACAAAACACUGAGAUUACUCAAGGAUGUGGACUUGUUUGAAGGACCCACUUGUAAAUGCUACUAACACUAAGUGCCACUGCUUUAACGUUGUAGGACAAUAUAACAAUACUUAACAUGCAGUAUCCUUUUGAAGCAAAAAAUGAUGCCUCCUGGAGCAUCCUCUUCAGCCUAUGACAUAGCUGACCCUGGUUUUUAACUGUGAAUAUAGACCUGCUAUCCAGAUACUGUUGUUCUUGGUGCUUUUGAAGGCUGUGGUCAGUAUAGGUCCAAUCCCAAGUGCGGGAAUUUGUUGGGAAGCUUUUCCAAUUGGCUUCAGCUUCGUCCUUGGAUAAAGAGCCAUUUGCUAUGGCUUUAUAACUGAUAGGCUGCUAUGUCUGUCCUGCAAAGCCUGUCUCUGCUAGCACUCUUCCCUUAACAUAACAGUUGAAGGGAAACCAAAAUUCCUGCAGAGUAGCUGUGCAUCUGUUGGGCAUGUCAGUGGGUAUUGAGAUGAACUGGAGAGGUCAGGUGAAUUUCUGCCAAUGCAAUAAGGGGUUUCUUUGGUCAAGCCCUUGAUUAACAGGCCUGACAUCUGCAGGCCAGCACCUUAUGACAGAGCUCAACAAGUAUUUCUUUGUCAAAAUUGCCAGCCUAAAUAGCCCUCACUCUUGGAUGCUUGUUCUUGCCCAUCUUAUGCCAGCUGUGUGGCUGAGUAGUCACUUGAUGAGGAAAUUAAAGUAGCUGUUAAAGUAAAUUUUUUUUUUUUUUUUGCUAGGUUAUCCUUCACCAAUUUUUUUCCUGGCAUGGCUGACUGUUGCUAUGUGAACACGUAUAUCAGCAUAAUGGGCACAGUGGUAUGGGCAUAAGAGUGGGUGACUGGAAAAUAAGUGAAAAACCUGAGGUUGCUAAAUUGGUUGAAGUGUCACUGUCACCAUAUGUGAAAUUAUAACUGUGCAGCUUGUGCAUUCCCACCUACCUGUGUUGCUAUUGCCUGUUUUGGUUUAGCUGGCACUCCAUUAUGGGUCUAUGCUCCUAAAAUAAAUUACUUGGAAGCUCUUCAUCGGCAUCCACUGGCAUGAACAAACUGGAACAGUCUGUUCUCUUUUUCAGGAAAAUGUGAACAUAACUGUCUUGAGCUGACAUGACACCCAUAUGGAGAGUCCAAACCUUGUGAUCCAGAUUCCCUUUUCUCUGUGGUUAAAAGCUUAUUCAAACCUAAAAAAGGAGAACUGGGAUGGGAGGAGAUAUAUUUAUUUUAUUGAAUAGACCUGUUUUUAUGUAAGUUUCAGUGCAGUUGUGUUUACUUUUAUCUCUGUCCUUACAAGGUAAUGAGAUCUCUUGUAGCAUCCAGACAAGCUAGGGUAAAGAUUGGGGAUAAAGAACAAACCAUGAAGAGGACCCUGUGCCAAAAAAAAAAAAAAAAAAAAAAAAAAAAAAAAAAAAAAGCCUGAAUUGCUGUAUGGAGAAUCUUAAGAUUGUCUUUCUAUCACAAUGAUAAAUGAAAUUUUUGUUCUACUGGACAAAACUAAAGACAGCAGACAAUGCCAUUUUGAGACCCUUCACUUUUCAAUAUGAAAUGUGCUUUAUAGUUCGUUAUGUUCCAAGUUCAGGAGGUGGCAGUUUUGUUUCUGUCGUUUUGAUGUCUUUUUGUCUUUGUGCUGCUGUGAUUUUCCACAGGUAGAAAUUAUGUCUGGAGGUCAUAGGCUUUUUCUGAACUUAGUUGCUGAAUAUUUUCCUAA